GUACAUGGAGUGGGCACUCCCGACUUCCCCUGCACCGUCAAGGACUGCACUCGCGUGGGCGACAAGGGCUUCACACGCCGAGACCAUCUCGUCGAGCACCUACGCAACUUCCAUCACAUCGACAUCCCAAAGCGGAGGCCCGGCGAGCGUAGCGCCUACCCGCUGGGGCUGCCGAAUUACCAGUAA